UUCGUAUUUUUUGGACGAGCCAAAAAGAGACAAUAAAGAUGCUUUUUCUUCCUCUCUCUCUCUCUCUAGAAGAAAAAUGAUACAUAAUCAAAUCAGUAUUUAAUCAUCUAGUCCUUCGUAUAAAUACAGCACCAAAAUCACCGCCACUUAACAACCUUCUUCCAACAUUAAUACCCCCAAACACUUUCUCUCUCUACUCCAUAUUUUCUCUCUCUACCAAGACAUGCCACAGGUGGACUUGGAAACGCUCGUUUCAGCCUGUGCUGGAGUUUCCGCCGACCGGAAAAUCGCCUGCGAGACGCUCGCCGACAACCACACCGACGAACCGGACCGGCGUGAGCCCAAUCCCGACUCGCCGCCGGCAUCGUUCUGGCUCUCCGGCGACGCGGAAUACGACUGGUGGGACCGGAACGCCGUUUACGAGCGAAAUGAAUCGACCAAGGGAAACUCCAUUUCCAUGACCUUGAACCCUAACUCAAACUCAAACUCUCAGCGAUUCUCCAAGAACUUGAAGACAAAAGCCACAAUCAUCGGUUUGCCGAAGCCUCAAAAAACCUCCUUCACCGACGCCAAGUGCCGCCGCAACCACCGUCCGGGAAACGCUAGGUUGUUCCCGAAGCGGAGUGGGUCGGUCGGAGGGAAAUCGGAAACCGCCGUGAUUGAACCUUCGUCGCCGAAGGUUUCGUGCAUAGGGAGAGUGAGAUCGAAGCGUGACCGGAAUCGUCGGUUAAGAACUCGCCAGAAAUCCAUCUCCUCCUCCGUCACUUCCACCGUCGUUUCCUCCGCCGCCGUUACAAGGCAAAAAUCGUCUCGAAGUCAAAGAAAGAAAACCAGUUUUUUCGAGAGCGUUCGCGCUAUUUUCCGGUCCGGUCGAAAAGGAAAACCGGUUCAAAAAACCGAUCUUCCGCCUAGGGAUUCGUCGACGAAGAAGAAAAGAAGUAACAGCAGAAAAGCGCGGGGUGGUUCUACGGCGAGCCGAAACGACGUGUCGUUUGAAGAAUCAUUUUCGAGUGAGGCACCUGGUUUGGGUUCGGUGAACCGGUUCGCGUCUGGGAGACGGUCCGAGUCGUGGGUAGUUGGUAACUCGGAAAUCCACGUGUCCCAAUAGGAUUCAUUUCGGGGCUUACGAAUUUGUUCGGUGACGGCCACCGAUGGGUCCCACCUGCAAACAUUUUGAAUAGUCGUUAGAGUGAUUGCGUGGCAAGUUGAAUAAAUGUAGUUUUCUUCUCAACUGUUAUUGAAUUUACUUUUCUCUUCUCGUUUUUGUCCUUUUCUCUUUCAAAGGCAAGGGCAACGUUUUGUAAAUAUGAUUCAUGUGCCUUCAGAAUGUGAGCACCAGCAGCCGUAA